AAUAGUAUGAAUCGGAUUGAUGUCAGCUACAUAAAAUUCCAGGUUGGAAUAAUAAAAGUAGUGCCUUAUAACUUUCAUAUUUUUCAAAGACUCAUCCAAUUUUCAUAAUAUGGAUAAUAUUAUUUAUUAAUAUCUUGAUUUUAUAUUUAAUUACAACCCACAUCUACAUAUAAUUGUGGCCAACUGCAAAAUUAAUAGACAAGAGAUUGGAUCUAUUUGUUCUAUGAUUCUUGAUUUUUUUUCAUUUUUUUUUGAAUUAUAUUAACUGAUAUUGUUGAAAUAUUGAAAACCUGGCUUCUGUAAUAGCAAAAAUGGUAGGAAACAAGAAAAUAGUGUUCGAAAAAUACGAAAUGGGGAAGCUUCUAGGUAAAGGCACGUUCGCGAAGGUGUACGUUGCGAGAAACCUGUCGACGAACGAGUUCGUGGCGAUUAAGGUUAUCAAGAAAGACGAGGUUAUCAAAGACGAGAGAAUGAUGGAGCAGAUCAUACGCGAGAUCUCCGUCAUGCGCCUCGUCCGCCACCCGAACAUCGUCGGCCUUAAAGAAGUUAUGGCCACCAAGUCCAAGAUUUUCUUCGUCAUGGAGUACGUCCGCGGCGGCGAGCUCUUCGCCAAGGUGGCGCAAGGCCGCCUCAAGGAGGACGCCGCCCGGUCGUACUUCCAGCAGCUCGUCAGCGCGGUUGACUUUUGCCACAGCCGCGGCGUCUUCCACCGCGACCUCAAACCCGAGAAUCUCCUCCUCGACGAGAACGGUGACCUCAAGAUCUCCGACUUCGGCCUAUCCGCCCUCCACGAGCAUUCCCCUAACGCCGCCUCUCAUUCCGGCAGCGCCGGGAGCAAGCUCCUCCACACCCAGUGCGGGACGCCGGCGUACAUCGCACCGGAGAUUCUCGCACGGAAAGGCUACGACGGAGCAAAGGCGGAUAUUUGGUCAUGCGGCGUCGUUUUGUACGUUUUGUUAGCCGGGUUUUUACCCUUCCAAGACGAAAAUAUCGCGGCCAUGUAUAGAAAGAUUUACAAAGCCGAGUACGAGUGUCCGCCGUGGUUCUCGGCCGAAGCAAAACGUCUACUCUCGAGGCUGCUGGUUCCGGAUCCGAGUAAACGGAUCUGCAUGGCGGGUAUAACCCGGGUCAUGUGGUUUAGAAAAGGGUUCAAAAGGCCCAACGCGUUCUCCAUGCAAGAAUCCAUGUUCGAGAAAUUCGACGAGGAGGAGAAACUCAUGAAACACGAGACGAUCAAGAAAUCUCCGUCUUCUCCCGCCUUCUUGAACGCCUUCCAAUUCAUCUCGUCGAUGUCGACCGGACUCUCGACCAUGUUCGACGACGAGAGGCGGAAACCCGACUCCACUUUCACUUCGCGAUGCUCGGCGAAAGUGAUCAUGGGGAAAAUCGAACUUAUUGGUAAGAAGUUCGGGUUUAAGGUUGCGAGGACAAAGGACUUCAAGUUGAGGCUUGUGGGCCCCGCCGAGGGGCGGAAGGGGCGGCUCUCGGUCACCGCGGAGGUGUUCAAGGUGGCGCCGGAGGUGACGGUGGUCGAGUUCUCGAAACUCGCCGGCGACACGUUGGAGUAUAUCAAGUUCCGUGAAGAGGAUAUUCGGCCGGCGUUGAGUGAUGUUGUUUGGACUUGGCAAGGGUGACUGAUUUUAUUAU